CGUGAAUCCAGCCAUGAAAGCUCUUUUUUAAAACAGUCUUUUCCUUCUUCACUGCACUUCUCUGCUCUGUCUCCUUCUUCUUCUUCUCCUUUCUCAUUAAAAGCUGAGUACAAAGAUCGAUUCUUUCACUAACACAUUACAAGUUUCUGCAUUUGUUUUAUAUCCUUUUCCUUUUUUAUUCUACUUUUUAACCAUUAUUUCUCUAUUCAUAGCUCUAAAGAAAGAGUUUAAAGAAAGAGCAAUGAGGAAGCUUUUCUUGUUAGGUUUUGUAGUUGCAGGACUUGUUCUUGGUAAUGAGGCAAAUGGGUAUUUUGAGUUCAAUGUCACUGAGUUAGAUCGCAUUGAAGAUUUAGAGUUUGGUUUCUCCAAAUUUAGUUCCAAUUCUAACCCUUUGAUGGUUGGUCUCACACUUAUCAGUGGAGCUGGUUCCAAAGGAGCUGUUUGUUUGGAUGGUACAUUGCCUGGAUAUCACUUACAUCGUGGACAUGGAUCCGGAGCUAAUAGCUGGCUCAUUCAAUUAGAGGGAGGAGGAUGGUGUGACAACAUUAGGAAUUGUGUAUACCGAAAGAAGUCUCGUCGUGGAUCUUCUAAUUAUAUGGAGAAACAGAUACAGUUUACAGGAAUACUUAGCAAUAAAGCUCAAGAGAAUCCAGACUUUUUCAACUGGAAUAGAGUCAAGCUUCGUUACUGCGAUGGUGGUUCCUUCAGCGGUGAUAGUCAGAACAAGGCUGCACGGCUUCAGUUUAGAGGAGAGAAGAUAUGGAGAGCUGCAAUGGAAGAUUUGAAAGCCAAGGGAAUGCGUUAUGCUAAACAGGCACUUUUAUCCGGAUGCUCUGCAGGCGGUCUAGCGGUUAUUUUACGCUGUGACGAAUUCAGAAACUUGUUUUCAAGAAACACCAAAGUUAAAUGCUUAAGUGAUGCAGGAUUGUUCUUGGACACGCCUGAUGUUUCCGGUGGCCAUACGAUAAGAAACCUAUACAAUGGUGUUGUGCAGUUGCAGGGAGUGAAGAACAAUUUGCCACACUUAUGCACUAACCAUCUAAAUCCAACCUCUUGUUUCUUCCCUCAAAACUUGAUCAGUCAGAUGAAAACUCCUCUUUUUAUUGUCAAUGCAGCUUAUGAUAUUUGGCAGAUUCAAAGUAGUAUAGCUCCACCAAGUGCAGAUCCUAGUGGUUACUGGCAUGAAUGUAGAUUAAACCAUGGCAGAUGCACCCCAGCGCAAAUCCGGUUCUUGCAAGGGUUUAGAAAUCAGAUGUUGAGAGCUGUAAAUGGAUUCUCCAAAAUGAAAAAGAACGGUUUGUUUAUCAAUUCUUGCUUCUCUCAUUGCCAAACCGAAAGACAAGACACUUGGUUCGCAGAUGAUUCUCCUGUUAUCCACAAAAAGGCGGUUGCGAUAGCGGUUGGAGAUUGGUAUUUUGAUAGAGCUGAAGUGAAGCUAAUAGACUGUCCAUACCCGUGUGAUAGGAGCUGCCACAAUCUGGUCUUCAGAUGAAUGAUCUUCAUCAUUAUUUCUUUAAUGUAUCAAUCAGUGAUCUUGUUGUAGUAUUGUAACAUUUCUUACUUACCAAUUCUUCUUUGGAAAACACGUGUGUUUUUUUUUUCCUAAAGAGAUUGAAAUAUAAAUGAAGCAAAGGUUUUUCUU